CCAGUCUCCAAACUAGAGACGGUAGAAACAUAUUCAUUCAUAACAUCCCAGUCUCAAACACGACCCGGGACACUCAAGUUAGAAUAACACGGGAAACAGCGUCCAAACAGGCAACACAAGGGUGAAGAUGAAACUGAAUUCAUUACCUGUGCUGUGUCUGUCACUUAUUUUGUUUCAUACUCAUUUUUCACUGGCCAAGAGAGGAGGAGGAGGAGGUAGCUUUGGGAGAUCGUCCCACAGCUCAAAGAAGACCUCCACACCCAACCGAAGCAACACCAACAGUAAUACAGGCAGCAGAAAUAAUCAGGGCUCCAGCUCUCAGGGUGGACACCCCAGACAACCCAAUCAGGGAGGCCACCCUCAGCACCCAGGCAGACCAGGGGGUUAUCCUGUCAAAGGAGGUUACCCCCGGCAGUCAGGAUACCCAGCUGGGGGCUAUCAAGCUGGAGGUUACCCAGCAUGGAGUGGAGGUUACCAAUAUGGAGCAGGUUAUGGAGGUGGAUACAUAAACCACAACCCAAACAACAAAGUCCUGAGUCCUCACUAUGCUGGCAGCUUUGGAUAUGGGGGCUAUGGCUCUAUGGGUGGCUCUCCCUUUUCCCGAUCAGUUCAGGGAAUGUCCAUAUAUCCCUCUGAUAAAUCCAGAGGGUUUGGAAACAGUGCGGUACAGGCAGCAGCUGGAGGGGCUGUGGCCGGGAUGGCCGUGGGCUACGGGCUAGGAAGGUUCCAGCGUCCUCCCUUCCACUUCCACAACCGCCAGGAGGAGCAACACUACAACCACUAUAUGUACAGGACAUAUGGUAGUAAGUCUACUGAUGCCAAUGACUACAGCAGAGACUAUACAUACAGCAAACCCGAUCAAACCUAUGAUAGCUACAUGGACUCCUGCAUGAAAAAAACGGACCUUCUGCCUGUGGCGAAGAAAAAAACAGCCGUCGCUACCACACCUAAAACUACCGUUCACACCUCAGCUCCAGACACUGGCACAGACAGCAGCACGACAGAGACCAACAGCACUGCAGCAGAUAACUCCUCGACCUCUGCACCUUCAGCUCCCCGCCAUCUAAAUCCGCCUGUAGCCAUUCCUGUGCCUCCAGCCUCACAGGCUGUCAGCAGUGUUGAAGACAAUGACAUAGUCAGCAUUGUCGAGAUCGGCUAUCCAGCACUGAUUGAGCAGAUGAAGGCCAGGAAAUGUGUAGAGAUGUACAUGGUGUACUCUGAGAAGUACUUGAAGAGAGUGGGCAGUGGAGUGCAAGGACUGGAGAUGGGUGUCCGAGGGCUUUUAGCACUGGUCACCAGUACCACACUGAUGCUACUGAAUAGCAACAUGUUCAUGCUGCUGCGCUGAGGCCUUCAUUAACACUGAAAGUGACGGAGAAUGUGUUAAAGGAAUUAAGUAAAAGGGUGGAAAAUGAUUAGGUAGAGAGGAACCUCUUACCUUUUUAUGACUCUUUUUAUUGUGUGUGGAUUUCUACUUUCCAUUUUUUCUCAGUAAUUAGGCGUCAUGUACAUGCUCGACUGGGACCACAUUGGAUUAUAUCUUUGCACUAUGUAUUCAAGUAAAGUUAGGGAAAGGGUUAGACUAGAGAGACAGUGAAUGCAACAAAGUGCACUUCUGGUUUCCUCCUCUGAAAGAGUCCAUUAACGGUACUCUAAUACUCCGAGCUUUUGAUGUUGAACGAAUUGGCCCAUUAAUGUCCAUUUAGAUUUAAUUGAACAUGCUGUCAGAGACACAAAAACUUUUUAUUGUUCGACUGUAGAAUAAUGUCUGUGUACAAGUGAUCAAAGCCCCCACAGUGUACACUCUCUAGCCACUCAGAUUUUUUUUAUUUAAGGAAACCUGUUUUUUUUAUGUUGUUUUUACUCAGAGGAAAAAGCAUCCGACAGGGCUGAUGGAGUACAGACUCUGCCAUGUGUAAGUGCUUUGCACUAAUGGACAUGUGCAUUUAAGUGUGAUAUGAUCAUAUUAGCUCCAGGAACAUUAAUGAUGGAGGACUGUCUGAUACAAGGACAGUUCAAAGAGUUGGAAAACAGUGAAUAGUGAUCUAAAACUAUCAACUAAUACUGGAUUUUAACUUGUCUAAUAUUCUAUUAGUCAACUAUUAUAAACAUCUGUGCUUCAGACAGAAGUUUUACACUAUAAGCAUGACAGAGUGUUUUUAAAGGACCAUAUUUACUCAUUUCUUCAUAGCUUAAAACAUAAAUGGACUUUUAGUGUAUAAAGUCCAUUGAAAUACAGAAACUUAAACCAAAAAGACUGAUAUUUUUAUGUGUUGGUGCUUACUGUAUUUAGAUAAACAGACUCUCUUCACAAACAGACAAUAGUAUGCAUGCUGUUUUCGUAACACCCCUUAAAUUACUGACUUUGACAUUGAUGCAAAACAAAGUGCGCUUUUCCUGAAUAUUUAUGAAUGUUGUCUUAACCUUUUACCACGUGUACUGCCCUCUCCCUGUGCAGUGUGUGUAUAUUUUAGAUAUUUUUUUUAAUACACUUACCUCCUUCUGUCCUUCUGUUACGCUUCCCUCCUCUGUAGCUUGUGAUUGCAAAGUGCUCUUAAAGUGUAAAGACCCUCUAAUGUACUAAUUCACCUCUACUGAAUGUUGUUCAUCAGUUGAGUUUAUGGUUGUUAAGCCUGCAUAUAAACAUAUGUAAAGUGCAGUACAUAAGGUUUAUAUCAUAAUUUUUUAAUCAUAGAAGGUGACUACUUAAAAAGGUACUCUCUGGAGUUUUAAUUGCAAACAAACAGUUCUUCAAUACCUAGCUCAUAAUUCAUUAGACAUGCUCAUCAUUCGAGACCCAGUUAUUAUGAGAACUUGCAGGGUCAUUAGUAACUACCUACAGUAUAUCUAAAUAAGCUGUUGUGGGCUGUGACGUAUUAGUUAAACAAAAACAAUGCCAGCUUUGCGUUGACUUAAAAUCCUCUCUUCAGCUUCAGCUUUGUCUUUAAAGGAUAAACUUUAUCAGUAACACUUUGUUGCUCUUGAUUUCUCCAUUUGUCACUGUGUGCAUCUAUUGCCAGUGGUAGAAGAAGUAAUCAGAUUACUUAAAGGAAUGCUUCACCCACAAAAUUACUAUUUGAAUAUUAAUUAGUCAUGCCUUAUGCCCUUGAAUUCAUAAAGCAAACUUUGUUUUUCUCACACGCCUCCAUGAAAGAACAGCAACUUUUGAAACAUGCAUUUUUGCAAAAAAAUAAAUACGAAAAUAAAAAUAAAAUAAAAUAAUGAAUUAAAUUAAAUUAAUUCAAAUUAGAUUAAAUAGAAAUAAAAAUUCCUAUUUGAAAACUAAACUGAAUCCGAAGUGAAACUCAUCUAUGUUCUCUUCAAAGCCAAUACUGAAGUUUUUAUUAUAAAUGCAUGUGUUUGGGAAAUACUGAGUGUACGACUGGAUAAAUGAGACUUGGAUUAUACUGCACAAGGUGUGUGAGAGUUUGUAAAUGGAUGUUUUGAUAAAGCUUGGCUGUUGAUAAAUGUGGUCCCCAGUCAGUCAAUCAAUAAAUUAAUAAUUUUGCUGUUUUCCAUUGAGGCAUACGAGAAAAAAAAAGUUUUUCCUUACAAAUUCAAGGUAGUGUCAUACUGUACUUGGGUAGAACCCAGGACAAUCUCAUGACCCAGGACAAACACUUUUACAAAGUUCUUUUGGCCGCAAGCAGGAAAGCCAUCACUCGGAGGUGGCUACAGGUGAACCUUCCUUCAAAGAAUGAUGGAUUGCAGUUAUUAGCGAAAUUCAAUGUGUGGAGAAAAUCAUAUUUUCUUUAAGACUGCGACUCGAUCUAAAAUAUUGGAAAAAAUGGACCCUAUACACAAAGGUAUGUAACCUAUUGACUGGUUAGUUAAAAAACCCUGUUCUGUACUGUUGUGUGGCUCCUACCAACCUAACUGGUAUUGACUAAUAUACAGGAAGUGUACAGAGACUGGCUAAGCCGAUUUAGGAAACCCCUAUAAUAUAGAAGAUGACAGUGUAGGUCCAAUGUACUUUAAGUAGGGGUCCCAGACUGCCUGAAAAGCCUCUACUGAGGAGCAAAGCAACGAGAUAUAUUCAUUGGGAAUACACUGCAAGAAAAAUAAAGUUUAAAUUCAAGGGAACACAACGUUUUGUGGGUGAAGUAUUCUGUUAAAUAAAAGUAUCAGUACCUGAAAAUACCCCACUACAAGUACAAGUCCUGCAUUCAGAACCUCACUUUAGUAAAAGUAUUUAAGUGUUAUCAACAAAUGUACUUAAAGUAUCAAAAGUAAAAGUGCAUCAUGCAGAAAAAUGGUCCCUGUCAAUAUUUUACUGCUUUAUAUAAUGAAGAGGGUUUUUUUUCUGGACAGGUAGGGUAUGAAAAACUGUAGUGCCUCUGAGAUGUAGUGACCUAGAAGUAUAAAGUAGCAUGAAAUAGAAAUACUCAAGUACAGGUACCUCAGAUUUGUACUCCAUUAAAUAUACUUAGUGCUAUUCCACCACUGCAGAGUGACGUCAUGACCACUAAACAGGCGAUUUCAGUGGUAUCACUGAACAACAGUUACAGCAAACACUGUUUAUUGCUUGUCCAACAGUCUGAUUAUACACCCCACAGUGUACCUUUAAUGUGUCGUUACAUGUAUCUCAUGUUAUCCUGUGUCUGGCUUUGAAUGUAUCUGACAAUACACAUGUACUGCUGUUAAAGACAUGUAUGCAUUUUACUGUGAAGGAUUAACCCUUAUUAUGCUGCUGGAGCUUCUACUGUACACUGAGUGUUAACUCACACCUUGUCUUGUUAAGUA